GAUCGCCUACACCAUGUAGUUUUCCAACCUCACACUAUACCAGAAACCAAGUAUUUCACUAGCCGUUUCGUCCAAAUUGAAUUAACUAUCAGCCUUGAUCUCCUAGUCAUCCGCCACGAUUGCUUAACGGGCCACUUCACCAACUCCAACGGCCACUUCUCCCAAGAAACUCUUCGUUUCAGUCUCCAUCUUCUGAAAAACCAGGAGCUAGCUUACUAAUUUAUUGGUCCCAUGUUAACAAGACUCCGAAUCAGCCCAACCUCUGUUACCGUUGAGGCUAUCAUUGAUAAGAUUAUCCGACAUGGACUUAGAAUUGGAAACUUGAGGUCCAACAUGGGACGUAAAAUCUUGCCUUUACGUGCUGAGUUAUGGGGCUUAGUUGUGGAACACGUAAACAACGAGGGGGUUUUGAUCACAGGAGCAUUCGAGGAAUCAGCAUCACAGAGUAACUAUGGCAUGGUUCCAGCGGAAGAAUCAUCGGUUAAGAAGAUGCUGAAGCGAGUUAGAGUGGAAGAUGGAGAUCAAUGUGAAAAGGGUAGAGAAAGUAUCAAAGACGGGUGAAAGCUAGCAGUACCGGGUGGCAAGGGAGGGAGGACGACAAUGGGUUGCAUCAACAGAUGGGAGAAUUUACACCAACACCGCUAACAGCGACUGCCAAAGCUUCAUGCUCACACCAUCUAAGCAAUCAACGGCUGCAGGAGCAAGGAGCUUUGGAUGCAAAAACAGGAG